GACAAAAUGAUUAGCCUCUGGAUUUUUCAAGUGUAAAGUGAUUAUCGAUUGUGUUUAUGAAACAAACUUCUUUGUUACAAUCUUGGUCAAACCUAAUCCCCUCACACUCAAUUAUUGCUAACAAUCAUGCCAGUGCCGUAAACUCAUUCCAUAAGACACUCAACUCUGUGGAUCCUGAUGAUAUUUGCGUGGCUAAAAAAAAUGAAUUUUGUGAUAAUGCACAAAUUAUUAAUUAUAUUUCGGAACGAAAACCUGUUGUAUAUCAUCCUACAGCUAAUGACUCAGAACAUUUAGAAGGUUUCGAUGUAGAUGCUGGGGUCGAGUGGAUUUAUCCAAGUGAUUCAAGCAUGCGUAAAUACCAGUUAAAUAUAAUCGAGCAAUGUUUGUAUAAAAAUACACUUGUCUGCUUACCCACAGGACUUGGUAAGACAUUUAUUGCUGCCGUCGUUAUGUAUAAUUUCUUCCGUUGGUAUCCUGCGGGGAGAUUUGUGUUCAUGGCACCAACUCGACCUCUUGUAACACAGCAAUUUAUUUCGUGUUCAGAAUUUAUUGGACCACUUAAAGAAAAUAGUGCUGAAGUGACUGGAUCAAUAGCACAAACGAAAAGAAAAACUAUCUGGUCAACAUAUCGAGUCUUAUUCCUUACUCCUCAAGUGUUAAUGAAUGAUCUACAGACUGGUGUUUGUCCUGCUAACUCUAUCCGUUUGCUCAUAUUUGAUGAAGCACACAAGGCAACAAGAAAUCAUGCUUACUGUCAAGUAUUGCGAAUCUUGACAAAUCCACCAUACACUCAUCGACAAUUUCGGAUUGUUGCUUUGUCCGCCACACCUGCAGCUGAUAUUGAAGGGGUACAAACACUGAUUGCAAACUUACUUAUAUCUCACCUUGAGCUGCGAACUGAUACUAGUGCUGACGUCCGACCAUACAUACAACAUCGGGAGCUAGAGGCAGUAGUUGUCCCCCUUGGUCCGGAGCUGACACGGUAUCAUAAUCAAUUAACUGAGUGUAUUCGUGUGCCCCUCGAUAGACUUUAUCAACGUGGUGCACUUUCAGAGUGUUAUGGUGAUCUUCGUCCAGAAAAAAUAGCAAAAUACACAAUUAUUAAGGCACGAGAAAAGUGGUCUUCGCAAUCGUUUCCUAGUAUCAAUUUAGCGGAAAGUAGUUCCAUUCAAUGUGAUUUUGGCUUAGUUAUCUGUUUACUCCACGGCUUGGAACUGCUGAUUCAACAUGGAUUACGCCCCCUCUAUCGCUAUUUAGAGGGUAUUUAUUCUGGAAAUCGAGCAAGUCCAUUGGUUAGGAGUCAACUUAGCAAACUUCCUCAUAUGAAUAAUUUAUGGAGGGAAUUAGCUCAACGAUUCGGCAUAAACGUAGAGUGCACUGAAGGUACUUGGAAGCAAGAAUUAAUUCAUCAGGAACUACUGCAUUCUCAAGCACCUUUUUUGGCUGGUCAUCCUAAACUUGAUAAACUAAAAGAUAUUUUACUUGGUCAUUUCAAUUCUAAUGAUAGAAAAAACAUACACGAACGAAGUUCCACACGCGCUAUAGUUUUCACGCAGUUUCGCGACUCAGUCGAAGAAAUUAUGCAUAUGCUUAAACAACUAAGACCACUAAUUAAACCAGCGUCAUUUAUUGGACAAGGGACAAGAGUAAGUGGAAGCCCUCAACUGACAAAUCAAUGUGAGUCACCCAGCUUGAAAAACCCACGAUUGUCAAAUGCUCAGGGUGGAAUAUCUCAACGGGAUCAGAUACGUGUGAUGGAUGGUUUUCGGUCAGGUGUUUAUAACACUCUAGUGUCAACGUGUGUUGGUGAAGAGGGUAUUGACGUUGGACAGGUUGAUCUAAUCGUCUGCUUUGAUGCCUCAAAAUCACCGAUUCAACUAAUGCAACGUCAAGGUAGAACUGGUCGCAAGCGACUGGGACGUAUUGUUAUGCUGUUAACAGAAGGUCGUGAAGAAAGAAAUCAUGCCAUCAGCAUCGCGAGGACAUCUUCUGUCCAUAAAGCUCUACUUGAGGGAAACGCUUAUUGUAAGCUUGCCUUUUAUCCACAUAACCCAAGGAUGGUGCCAAUUGGUGUUCAUCCUAAACUCCAGUUGAAGUGUUUACGAGUCGAAAAAGAUCCUAGUAAUCAAGUAUCGGAACUAAAGCAGCCAGAUGUUCAGAAGAAGAGUUCGUAUGAAGACACCUACGUGUUGCAUGCAGAGUCUGUUAAUCUGAACAGGCUGCAUAUCAGGUUACACCCGCUUACUCUGGGCCGAAUUCAGCACUUAUCAAAAUCUGAUAUGGAUACUUUUAGUUCAGACUACCCAACAGCUACGGACAUGUACAAUCUAACGUCCCAAGAUAGAUUAGAAGUCUUCAGAGAAACAAUGCAAUCUAGUCUAACUCCAGGCUCAAACGUUGGAUCAUCUUCAUCAUCGCAACACCUCAUGUCAAUCCUCCGAUUAGUUGAGAUGCAUCGUCGUAAUAUGACACAACUUUCCUACCAUGCUCUGGGUAUACGGAAAGUCGACAUUAAUACAAAAAUGAGUGAAUUAUUGAAAAUGUGUUUGUCGCCAUCCAGAAACCAGUUAAGUUUGGAUAGCUCUUCACAAGAUCAUGAUCUUGAAGAAUCGACUUCCACCAAGCUUAGUAACACGCUACUUGCUUCAGAGAUAUCCCAUUCCUCAGUAGAUAUUAUUCAGGAUCUUAAGAUUGUCAAGGGUUUAGUGUCUGACAAAGUAUUUCUUGACCCUCAUCUUAGCGAAUUUACAGUUUGUGCAGAACAGUUUACUCAGAUACUUCAUAAUAUUAACACGAACAGUCAUGAUCCUAUUACAGUAACAUCCUUACAAACUGCACUGAAUAAGUGGUUAGAGUCUAUGAUUGAUCAAGAUCAUGGUUCACCUACAGAUAAUUUAAACCCAAAGUUGAAUAUUGAGCUUAGUAUAGAAAAUAGUUUACUUGAAGCAAUUAAUACAGAACUGCCCAUUUUCGCUAAAACCUCUCCAACCCUAAAAGAUCUUCAAACAAUCGAUGGCAAAUUUUAUGAUCAACAACUAACACCGGUGGUUUCACAAAGUACUGAAGUCCCAUCUUUUGGUGUGGUGAACGAUGCUGUUCAAGCUUUCAGUCUACCUAGUACUGUAAUUAACUUAACUCGAAGCACUCCCUUUGGACUAAACGGUGUAAAGCAAAUUGCAAUUUCUUCAUCAAGUCAAGUUAAUCCCGAUGAAGCUUUAGCUUUAUUGGAGAAUUCAACGAUUCAUCUGGAUGCAUCAAGUUUAUUAGAUGAAGAACUAACGACCCCUGUAGUUUCUACUACUUCUCAAAGUGCUAUUUUUGCUGGUUCACCAUUUCCACAUUUGAGUAGUUUCCAUAAAUCAACUGAACUGUUUACUUUUGAAACAAGACUCUCAUUAGGAACAGAACUGAAUGAUAUCAUUAAGCCCACCCAAACUACUGAAAAUAUGGACACUAAUGAUAGAGAUGGGUUGAAAAACAGUUAUUUCUCUACCGCUUCCGACAGUUCUUUUGACUCACAAAUUAACUGGUCUCCGGUUGAACAGAUAACAGAAGUACUCAGUGCAGAUGAUUUAUUAUAUUCGUCGUCACCAAUAAAAGUAAGCAACAUUGAAGCAGUUUUUCAAAAUGAAGUCAAAAAUAAUAACGCUAGUGAAACUACUGACAAAGAUUUAUCGGGUAUAUUCCACGAAGAUCUCAGUGAGUUCAUAACACUGAACCGGUCGGACAAAAAAAAGGGCAUCAAAAGUAAUAAAUAUGCUAAAUCUAAAUUGUUUUUAUCACAGGCUGAGUGUACGAGUAAUGAGUCAUCUGACCAGGUUUAUUCGGAAGACCAAGACAUGUAUGAUGAUAGUUUCGUAAACGAUGGAUACGCGGAUGUCACGUGCAACUCAUCUCGAUCUGAUAUGAUGAAAGUGUACCUCCAAAGCAUCCGAAGUCCACAAGUAUUUCCAGGUAACGUCAAGAAUCCAUUGGGCAACAAAAGAAAAGUUUUGCCGAAAAUAUUUGAGAAGUGUGAUGAUACAGCAAAUUCCUUUAUAUUUUCACAGGUUAGUUCGUAUCUCCCUUGAUUAUAUUCCUCUGAAUCUACGGUAAUAUUUCAGUGCUCUUAAAAGACCGAGUAUUUCACAAAUAUAUAGCAAUAUUAGGUGCAUAUAUACUGGUGGGAAAUUCUCGUUCUGACACUUCAAGAUCCCGGUAGGAGUGAGGCUUGUUGCUAGGAAAAUCUGAUACUUGACUUAUGGACUAGACUGUCUACUUCAGCUUGUAUACCUAAACAGUAACACAAUUACAGACAACAGUCGCUACUGACAAACAAACCAUAUCAUUUUAACCGAUUGUGGUUUGAAUCGUUCUUCUUAUUUUAUUCCGGAUUGUUACCGUCUAGGCUUUAUUCCGUUUAGCGUCCUUAAAUUGUCGUUUCUCAAAAGUGAAUAAGCUAGUUUAGUG